AAAGCCAGACAAUUCAAGAUUUUCCACUUGCUCUAGUGCGAAAUAAUAAACUACUUAACAAGCUUGCUUGAGCCGUUCAAGGAAAUACUGGCCCUCGGUCAUUUUAGUACGGACCGAGCACAGCGAGGUCCGUACUGCCAUGACCACGGGCCAAUACUCACCAGUAAGGCUAUAGCUCUUGGUUAGUAAGAGGUAAAUAUUUUAAUAUUACAGAAACUCACAUGCCCAAGGAAGCCGUGGUAAAUGGAGAUGUACAUUAUCUAGCUGACAAGUGCGGCGGGGAGAGCGUGAACGAAGUCAUCGCCGGCAAUUUUAUAAACCUUUUCAGAAACUCGCCAUUUGGUAUGGCUGGAGGCUGCAACGGGAAAUGCACGAUCGACAACGUGGGGGUUGAAUGCGGAAACCAAACUGAAGCACGUAGGAGAAGAGACGCACCUGAUGGCAAGCAAGCUUCUAAAAUUUCUCUUACCAUGCAUUUUUCUUUAAAAGUACCGUUACCAAGCAACGCCUCUUUAUUUGACCUCAACCAGACCAGUCAACAAAUAUCAAAUAACCUGCUCGAGGCAUUGAACGAAACAGACCUGACAUUGAACAUCAACGGAGUCAUUAUAGUAUAUGAUUCAUCAAAGCCGCCAGUGUUUCGGCUUACCAGUCUUGUUUGUAGUGAAGGACAAGUCCAAAGAGGGCCAAGAUGUGUAAACUGUCCACUUGGAUAUUUCUUUAACACUUCUGGCUGCCAGGCAUGCGCAGUGGAUGAAUACCAAGAUCAAGAGGCCCAGACGUCAUGUUUAUCCUGUCCAUCCGGGACAACAACCUUCGGACAGACAGCAUCAAAGUCGCGCAAAAAUUGUCAAGAAAUUCCCAGCCCCUCCAGCACUGAGAAGCAAGGUUUCUCCAAGCCAAUUCUAUAUACAAUCAUUGGCGGAAUAGGAGCCGGCAUAUUUAUUGGGUUGAUUGGUAUCACCAUCUUUUGUGCGAAGAAACACUGUGUUGCUGGCAAAACAAUGUCACGAAAAGAAAGACGUACUUACCCGUACCCAGUGGAUGACGAUAUGGGACGCAGCAACCCAACAUAUGUUGGUAGUGAAACUACUCAAACGAAGGAUCCAUUUCCUGUAGAAAUGUGUGAAUUAUAGAAGCGCGGUCUUUGUUUCGACAAUGUGAAUUACCUUUCGCAAGAUGAUGCACAAGGCGCACCUAAUAAUGAUUUCAGAAGACUUAAUUUCAACCAGUCAGAGGUGUAGACUGCAUAAAAGGCUGUUUUUCUACUCUUUGCCUCUAACAUCUUGGCUGAUAUAUAUCAGGACAAGUACGUAUACAAUUAUAGGCGAUAACACCAGUUGCAUAUAUGUGUGGAAUUAUGAAAACCGAGUCAAUUUCAACAUAACGAUCCUGCCUCUUUUUCAAGAAACUAUACAGUCCUUUUCAAUCAA